UGGAUCUGGGUGGAGAUUUGGAAAAGGCUACUCAAGCUGGAGGGAUCCGACCCGGGUGAUAGUGGAACCCCAAAUUUGGCCAGUCCGUAUAGAAGCGGAAGGAAGGGGGAUUUUUUUCCCCUUCUAGAUGUCCACCAUGGAGGCCUUCCUGGACCCAGAUGACAAAGACCUACUGGAUUUCCUGAAGGAGGAAGGGGGAGAUCUGUGGGGCAUAUCUGGGGAGGGGCAAGAGGUCCAGCAGGAUGAUGAGAUGCUAUCUCCUGAAGUGCUGAAUGAAUGGGAGGCAGAAGAUUUCCUGAUGUCCCUGCUAAGCCCCCCCACCUCACCAUCCCUCCCAAGUCCUUCUAGCUACAGCUUCAUUCACAUUGAUCACACCUACUCCCUGAGCUGCAAUGUACAGGCUUCUUCCCAAGAUGUAUGCAUUGAUCUAGAUAAUAGGAGUCUUGAGGAUGUGGCUGAAGAAACAAGGGUCUCUUUUGAGAUGGAAGAAAUUACCUUUAAGCACGAAUUUCCUCAGUUGAUAUUGACAGAUGAAGAGAAAAGGCUGCUAGCAAAAGAGGGAUUGACCCUUCCUGAAACUCUCCCCCUUACUAAGGCAGAGGAGAAAAUCUUGAAACGAGUUCGGAGGAAGAUUCGGAACAAACAAUCAGCUCAAGAAAGUAGAAGGAAGAAGAAAGUGUAUGUGGGAGGGCUGGAAAAUAGGAUCAUAACUUGCACAGCCCAGAAUCUGGAAUUACAGAAGAAAGUCCACCUCUUGGAAAAGCAGAAUUUGUCCCUUUUGGAUCAGCUAAAGAAGUUCCAGUCUUUGGUAGCUGAGAUGACAACUAAACCCACUAGCAAUAGCACUUGCAUUGUGGUCCUGCUCUUCUCCUUCUGCCUCCUCCUCUUCCCUGCCAUGUAUCCCUCUGAGAUUCGGGGCCACCAGCCAGCAACUGUCAUGCUGUCCCGUCAGAUCCGAUCUCUUCGCAGUGAUAAUCUCUCCCUUUUCCUGGAAUAUCCUGGCUGGCCGACAGACGAGAAAUCAGAGGUCACCUUCAAUCCAUCAGCAGAUGCAACAACCUCUCUAGCCCCAGGAAAUUCUUCCUCUGAUUCUUUUGCUGGAACAAGUGAUGAACAGAUUUUGAUGCCACCAGACCUAGACCACUCUACUCUUCUGCCUUCAGAGGCCACCAAGAAGCAGGGCUGGGCCCCUACUACACCCACUAUCAUUCUUCGAGGACGGCACUCCAAUGAGAUGUGAUUAUAGAGGCAGAAAUUAAGAUGCUGGGCAGACUGAGUUGCCGUAGGAAAUGCCCAGAAUACCAGGGAACACUGAACAGGCAAAAGUUGAAUGGUUUAGUAUAUACAUAUGCUAUCUCCUCAUACCUUGUAUUAUUUCCUCAUACUUUGUGAGCUCCACGUUGUAGAUAGCAAUAAAAAUGAUGUAUCUGAGGCUGGCCCUCCCAGACCUGAGAAUUCAUAUUAUACUCUUAAUGAGUUUUUUGGGUCUUUUAUUUGUAUAGCUAUGCCCACUUCCCCAUCCACUUUUGGGUGAGGAGUCUGGCUCAGGGCAUAGGGGUAGGAAGGGGAGUAGCUGAACUUUUGUUAGCAUUCCAUGCAGCAAAGAAUUGGGGAGUGGAGGAAGGGGAAAUAAAUAAGUGAUUGUGGUGCUUGUCUUUCCCACCCCCAAGGCUCUGCUGGGGGAAGUGGGUGGUAAGUGAUUGUCCUGAUGGCUCAGGGUUGCAGAUGGGGAGGGGGAAGGUG